GCGCAGAUCUGACAACAUACUGAUGGGCUACUCGCAGUGCGAUUAAACGCUGCCGGUGCGGCUGAUCAUUUGAAAUGCAGCGGUGCGCAUUAGCGUUGUGAAACAGCCAGACACCCCUGACUGACUGCAGACAUGGCUGACAAGUUACAGAAGGACCCCGAUGCUCCCUUUGCAACCAGGAUAGACCCGACCAAAGAGGGUCUUUCUACUCAACAGAUGUAUUUCAUCAGACAGGUAGAGCGUGAACAGUUGAGGAAGAAAACACAGAAGCUGCGGGGGCGAAACAUUGUCACGGGGCUCGCCAUCGGAGCUAUCGUAAUGGGAAUCUAUGGCUACACAUUUUUCUCCGUCUCCCAGGAGAAGAUCAUGGAUGAACUAGAUGAAGAGGCCAAACGUGCACAAAUGCAGGGACCAAAGACUGGAGCUAACUGAGAUUAAUGAGUUUCCUGCCUGUUCUUGGACUGUGUGUCUGUCCUGCACUUCAGCAAGAAGGGACUUAUGAGGACACUGAAGCCACUGAUUGAUAUUCCAUGACUGGCUGCUGUUUUUUUUUUCCAUGCUGAGACAGUGCUGGACUUUGUUGUGUCUUGAUUGUGAAGGGUGAUUGUGUGGUUAGGCUGCUGAAUUUAAACUAUAGAGGUGUCUUGAUUUUGAUUAAGCUUACCUGUCACUGGAAAGGACUAAUCCGCUGGCCUCCACAUGACCUUACAUCCUACGCAAAAGGCCUAGACUUAAGAGCAAUUAAAACCUUUAUCUGACAGGUUUUCAGCCCUGAUCAUGUGAAGUGAAAACCGUAUGAGAGGGAAUAAGCUAAAUUUCAGUCAGCAAAUCAUAUUACAGUGGCCUUUAACAGCAAAGAAUGCCAGCGACACUGUUGAAAUGACACACAGAUUAACCUGUUGAAACGUAUUAUUUAUGUCAAAAAAGUGACAAUUUAUUGAAUAAAAAUCAGAAGUGUUGGAUUUCUUUUAA